AUGGCUUUCGACAUUGCCGGCGGACGUGGCAACUCCAUGUACAUCCUGGGCGGCUUCGGCCUCGUCCUGGUGUGGUCCACCCUGUCGCUGCGCAUCUACGUGCGCGCCCACAUGCUGCGCCAGUGGGGAUGGGACGACUGGAUGAUGGCCUUCGCCGUCGUCUCCUUCAGCAUCAUGGCCGCAGGCAUGUUCCUGCUGGCCAAGAACUCGUUCGGCAGCCCGGCCUACACGCUCCCAGUAGACACCUUGGUCCAACUCUACCAAAUGGUCAUCUUCGCAGAGGAAGGCUACGUCGCCACGGCCAUGUUCUUCCGCCUGUCCGUGUGCUGUUUCUACCUCCGCCUCACCCCAGUCAUGUGGCACAUCUGGACCAUCCGAGUCAUGAUGGGCGUCACCACCACCUACUCGAUUGCCUACUUCUUCGUGCUCCUCAACCAAUGCACCCCCAUCUCCUACUACUGGACCCACUUCCUGGGCAACACCCACGGCACCUGUCUCAGCGAUAGCGUCAUCAUCGGCACAACCUUUGUGCAUACCAUCGUCUCCAUUGCCGCCGACUGGACUCUUAAUAGCAUCCCCCUCUUCAUAAUCAUUCCCAGCACCACCAUGAACCGGCGCACCAAAUACAGCGCCAUGGCCCUCCUCGGACUGGGCGCAUUUGCCAGCAGCGGCAUAGUCGUCCGCCUCAUCGCUCUCUUCACCAUCAGGCCGUCCAACAGCGCCGUGCCGCUCUCCCCGCCCGUUGCAUUCUGGUCCGCCCUCGAAGCCACCAUCGGCAUGACGGCCGCCAAUCUGGCCACCUACCGGCCCUUCCUCCGCUCGCUCGCCAAGUCGAUCCGGAGCGGGCCCGACAGCAACGUCUCGCCACGGCAAAACUCCAUCAUAAACCUCAGCAAGAUCCGGUGGCCGCGGAGCCGGGCCGGCCGCGGACGAGCAGCAUCCGGCUACAUCCGCAGCGGGGACGACCAUGAGCUGGCCGGCAUCGAUGAGCAGUGGGAGCGGGAGUUGGAGCUGCAGGGUCGAAUCACGGGCGGCACCUCGGUGGAUGACAAGGCCCCUCCGCAUAUAGUGAGGGUGGGGAGCGAGGAUGCGUUGCGGCAGGAUUCCUCGCAGGCCGUGUAG